UUUAGCGUGUUCAGCCGCGUGUAAAUAUGUUCGCUCUGUACCUUUAAGAGAAGCAAUGAGCAAACCACACUUUGCUGAAGUGAAAGUAAAGUGAAGAGACUUGUAAUCAGGCACUGAAACCCUACUCCUCGUCAGAUGUCUUGCUACACAACUACGUUGCGUUCUGUCUCUGAGCGCCUUAUUAAUCUAGGAAUCUAAAUAAAAGUCAACAUCAACACAGAUAUGACCACCUCCAGCAGUCUCCUGUCUGAAGAGCAGUUCCUGUGCUCUAUCUGUCUGGAUGUGUUCACUGAGCCAGUCUCGAUUCCAUGUGGACACAACUUCUGCAAGGCCUGUAUCAGUGGAUACUGGGAUACCAGUGACCUGUGCCAGUGUCCAUUAUGUAAGGAGAUUUUCUACAGAGAACCUGUGCUUCGUGUCAACACAACGUUCAGAGAGAUUGUAGAGAAUUUUAAGGAGAUGAGAGUCAGAUGUAAAGAUGAGUCCCCUGCCAAGCCUGGAGAAGUGUCCUGUGACUUCUGCACUGAGAUGAAGCUCAAGGCCCUGAAGUCCUGUCUGGUGUGUCAGACCUCUUACUGUGAGACUCACCUGGAGCCUCAUCAGAGAGUCCCAGCCUUAAAGAGACACAAGCUGAUCAACCCUGUGGAGAACCUGGAAGACAGGAUGUGUAAGAAGCACAACAGACCUCUAGAGCUGUUCUGUAGGAGUGACCAGACUUGUGUGUGUCAAUUCUGUACUGAGACAGACCACAAGACUCAUGACACGGUCCCUCUAGAGGAGGCGUAUGGAGAGAGGAAGGCUGAAUUGGGGAAGACUGAGACAGAAGGGCAGCAGAUGAUCAAGGAGAGACUGAAGAAGGUUCAGGAGAUCAAACAUUCAGUAGAUCUGAGUCAGAAAGAUGCAGAGAGGGAGAUAUCAGACAGUGUACAGGUCUUCACUGCUCUGGUUCGCUCCAUUGAGAGAAGACAGGCUGAGCUCAUUGAGGUGAUUGAAGAGAAGCAGAAAGCAGCAGAGAGGCAGGCUGAAGGGCUCAUUAAAGACCUGGAGCAGGAAAUCACUGAGCUAAAGAGGAGAAGCACUGAACUGGAGCAGCUCUCACACACUGAGGACCACCUCCACCUCCUACAGAGCUGUCCAUCCCUCUGCACCCCUCCACCCACCAAGGACUGGUCUAGAAUCAGUGUUCACAGUGAUAUGUGUGUGGGGACUGUGAGGAGAGCUGUGUCUCAAGUGGAGGAGACUAUUUUAAGUGAAGUGAAGAUGUUGUGUGAUGCUGAGUUGAAGAGGAUUCAGCAGUAUGCAGUAGAUGUGACUCUGGACCCUGAUACAGCACAUCAUGGUCUCAUCAUAUCUGAGGAUGGGAAACAGGUGAAACAUGGAGAUACAAAACAGGAUCUCCCAGACUACCCAGAGAGGUUCAAUUAUUUUGUCUGUGUAUUGGGAAAGGAGGACUUGUCCUCAGGGAGAUUCUACUAUGAGGUGAUGGUUAAGGGAAAGACUAAGUGGGAUUUAGGAGUGGCCAGAGAGUCCAUCAACAGGAAGGGGAGGAUCACAGUGAGCGCUGAGAAUGGAUACUGGACUCUGUGCCUGAGGAAUGGAGAAUACAACAUUCGUGCUAAAGCCAGUGUCCUGCUUUCCCUGAGAGAGAAGCCCCAGAAGGUGGGGGUGUUUGUGGAUUAUGAGGAGGGUCAGGUCUCCUUUUAUGAUGUGGAGGCCAGGUCUCAUAUCUACUCUUUCACUGGCUGCACCUUCACUGAGAAACUAUAUCCAUUCUUCAAUCCAUGUCUUAAUGAUGGUGGUAAAAACUCUGCCCCUCUGAUCAUCUCUCCUGUCAAUCAGACAGACUGAGUUUAUUCUUAAAGCAUAGUUGAUGGGCAUUCUUUGGAGACUGCAGUGCCAUAUGAAUGUCACAUGGUUGUCUAUGUCCUUAAACUCCUUAAUGAUAUCUAGUCUCUCUAAUUGCUAUGGAAAAUCAAAGCAGUAAACAUAUCCCCACUCCUAAGAAGUUGUAAUACAUAAUUCCCUAAUAAAAUUCUUAUAGAAAAGGGUUUCUAGGGUUUUUCUCCCCCAUAUUUACAUGUAAUGCCAUAGCCUCCCUCUUUCACAGGGGACAAUGAGGAAUUCUCUCUUUCUCUCAAUGAUAUUUAUAUGAAUCCUUUAAAGUAGCUUGAAUCAGGGGAACUUGAUUCUUGGUCUGGGGUUGUGGUCUCUGAUUGUGCGUGUGGUAAGUCCUCGCAUUGCUUUGUAUGUCUUUACUGCUUGUGUCAGAGAUGCCUUUGUGCAAAAGGGAGAGGUUUGCCCUGGUAGUCCUGGGAGGAGACUUGAAAGAAUGUGCAUAGGCAUGCUUCCCAAAGGAGGGUGUUGCAACUAUACACCUAAUUUUCAAACGUUGCUAUGGGCACAGCCUAACAAUGGAAGUGAAGGCUUCGACUUCUGCUUUACUUCCCACCUCGGUGGGUGACACUUGCCAGAGUAAAUUAUUUUAAGGAGUCAAUUUGGAGCAUAAAACUCAAGUAGGACUGAACAAGAAUAAGUGUUAUGUCAUAUUUAUUUAAUUCACCUUCGCUAACAUUAGCUAGGCCUACUAGUUUGGUUGUAGUAACGUUAGUUGUGUCUGAGUUAAGGGCCAUCAACUAAGCCAAUAACGAUAACUAUUGACUAAUUUACAGUGCAUUCGUAAAGUAUUCAGACCCCUUGACUUUUUCCAUAUUUUUACGUUACAGCCUUAUUCCUAAAUGGAUUAAAUAGUUUUUUUCCCCUCCUUAAUCUACACACAAUACCCCAUACAUUUUGCAAAUGUAUUACAAAACUGAAAUAGAACAUUUACGUAAGUAUUCAGACCCUUUACUCAGUACUUUGUUGAAGCACCUUUUGCAGCGAUAACAGCCUUGAGUCUUUGGUAUGACGCUACAAGCUUGGCACAUCUCUAUUUGGGGAGUUUCUCCCAUUCUUCUCUGCAGAUCCUCUCAAUCUCUGUCAGGUUGGAUGGGGAGUGUCGCUGCACAGCUGCACAGGGUUCAAGUCCAGGCUUUGGAGCAGGUUUUCAUCAAGGAUCUCUCUGUACUUUGUUCCAUUCAUCUUUCCCUCAAUCCUAACUAGUCUCCCAGUCCCUGCCGCUGAUGCUGCCACCACCAUGCUUCACCGUAGGGAUGGUGCCAGGUUUCCUCCAGACGUGACACUUGGCAUUCGGGCCAAAGAGUUCAAUGUUGGUUUCAUCAGACCAGAGAAUCUUGUUUCUUAUGGUCGGAGAGUCUUUAGGUGUCUUUUAGCAAACUCCAAGUGUGCUUUCAUGUGCCUUUUACUGAGGAGUAGCUUCCGCCUGGCCACUCUACCAUAAAGGCCUGAUUGGUGGAGUGCUGCAGAGAUGGUUGUCCUUCUGGAAGGUUCUCCCAUCUCCCCAGAGGAACUCUGGUACUCUGUCAGUGAGACCCUCAGGCCCUUCUCUACCAAUUGCUCAGUUUGGCCGGGAGGCCAGCUCUAGGAAGAGUCUUGGUGGUUCCAAACUUCUUCCAUUUAAGAAUGAUGGAGGCCACUGUGUUCUUGUGGCCCUUCAAUUCAGCAGACAUUUUAUGGUACCCUUCCCCAGAUCUGUGCCUUGACACAGUCCUGUCUCGGAGCUCUACGGACAAUUCCUUGGACCUCAUGUCUUUGUUUUUACUCUGACAUGCAUUGUCAACUCUGGGACUUUAUAUAGACAGCUGUGUGCCUUUCCAAAUCAUGUCCAAUCAAUUGAAUUUACCACAGGUGGACUCAAAUUGUAGAAACCUCUCAAGGAGGAUUAAUAGAAACCUGAUGCACCUGAGCUCAAUAUCCUGAGGUCAAUAGCAAAGGGUCUGAAUAAUUAUUUUUUUAUUUUAAUUUAACUAGGUUAGGAACAAAUUCUUAUUUACAAUGACGGCCUACCGGGGAACAGUGGGUUAACUGCCUUGUUCAGGGGCAGAACGACAGAUUUUUACCUUGUCAGCUCUGGGAUUCGAUCUUGCAACGCUCUAGUCCAACGCUCUAACCACUAGUCUACCUGCCACUCCAAACACACCCUGAAAGCACCGAAUGGACUUGAAUACUUAUGUAAAUAAGGUAUUCCUGUUUUUUAUUUGUAAUUGAUUUGCUCAAAUUUUUAAACCUGUUUUUGCUUUGUCAGUAUGGGGUAUUGUGUGUAGAUUGCUGAGGAAAUUGAUUAUUUUAAUCCAUUUUAGAAUAAGUCUGUAAAGUAACAAUGUGGAAAACGUCACAGGGUCUGAAUACUUUCCGAAUGCACUGUAUAAAACGUUGGUGAGCAUCCACACUCUAGGAAAGUUUAUCGUUCUACAGUCCUACACCUGUCAAUCAACUGAUCAAUGCAUCCUACUGCAUGCUCCAUAUUAAUAAGGUGGUAACACAAGCCCAUUCAGUGCUUUCAGGGUGUGUUCAUUGUCAUAGUGACAACUGCAAAUAAUGUCAAUGUACAUGUAGGCCUAAUAACAAAAGGUAUAUGCAGUUCCUUCAGAAAGUAUUUUUCCCCAUGGCUUUUCUACAUUUUGUGUUAGACGGAAUUUAAAAUGGAUUAAAUGUAGAUGUUGUGUCACUGGCCUACACACAGUACCCCAUAAUGUCAAAUUGGAAUUCAAAUUCUUGUUAUGGAAAGUCCAAAUAAGUUCAGGAGUAAAAAUGUGCUUAUCAAAUCGCAUAAUAAGUUGCAUGGAUUCGUUGUUCAAUAAUAGUGGUUAACAUUAAAAAAAAUGUAAUCACUACCCCGUCUCUGUACCCCACGCAUAUAAUUAGCAUUAUGGUUCCUCAAUCGAGUAGUUAAUUUCAAAAUGCAGAUACAACCACAAAGACCAGGGACGUUUUUCAAUGCUUCACAAUGAAGGGCAACUGUUGGUAGAAGAAGAAAAAAAGAAGCAGAUACUGAUUUCCUUUCAGCAUGGUGAAGUUAUUAGUUAGGAUUUGGAUGUAGUAUCACUACACCAGGUCACUACCAGUGGUGUGUACUCAUGUACACCAAGGGAAGCCAGGCUUCCCCAAAACAUUUACCAAUAAAAAUAGCACAAAAUAAUUGAGUCUCUCUGUGUUGAAUUCAUAAUUAAUAAAUUCAUACAUUGUGCCCCUGGCCCGCGAGGAUGGAAGUUUGAUAUAUAUAAGUCGGACGUUUACAUACACUUAAGUUGGAGUCAUUAAAACUCGUUUUUCAACCACUCCACACAUUUCUUGUUAACAAACUGUAGAUUUGGCAAGUCGGAUAGGACAUCUACUUUGUGCAUAACAAAAGUAAUUUUUCCAACAAUUGUUUGCAGAUAGAUUAUUUCAUUUAUAAUUCACUGUAUCACAAUUCCAGUGGGUCAGGAGUUUACAUACACUAAGUUGACUGUGCCUUUUAAACAGCUUGGAAAAUUCCAGAAAAUGAUGUCAUGGCUUUAGAAGCUUCUGAUAGGCUAAUUGACAUCAUUUGAGUCCAUUGGAGGUGUACCUGUGGAUGUAUUUCAAGGCCUACCUUCAAACUCAGUGCCUCUUUGCUUGACAUCAUGGGAAAAUCAAAAGAAAUCAGCCAGGACCUCAGAAAAUAAAAUAAUUGUUCACCUCCACAAGUCUGGUUCACCCUUGGGAGCAAUUUCCAAAUGCCUGAAGGUAAACAAUAGUUCAUCACAAACAAUGGUACGCAAGUAUAAACACCAUGGGACCACACAGCCAUCAUACCGCUCAGGAAGGAGACGCGUUCUGUCUCCUAGGGAUGAAUGUACUUUGGUGCGAAAAGUGCAAAUCAAUCCCAGAACAGCAGCAAAGGGCCUUGUGAAGAUUCUGGAGGAAACAGGUACGAAAGUAUCUAUAUCCACAGUAAAUCUAGUCCUAUAUCAACAACAAGGAAGAAGCCACUGCUCCAAAACUGCCAUAAAAAAGCCAGACUACGGUUUGCAACUGCACAUGGGGACAAAGAUCGUACUUUUUGGAGAAAUGUCCUCUGGUCUGAAGAAACAAAAAUAGAACUGUUUGACCAUAAUGACCAUCGUUAUGUUUGGAGGAAAAAGGGGGAUGCUUGCAAGCCGAAGAACACCAUCCCAGCCGUGAAGCAUGGGCGUGGCAGCAUCAUGUAGCUCUAACUCCAAAAAGUCUUGGGACACUGUAAAGUCCAUGGAGAAAUAAGAGCACCUCCUCCCAGCUGUCCACUGCACUGAGGCUAGGAAACACUUUCACUACUGAUAAAUUCACGACAAUUGAGAAUUUCAAUAAGCAUUUCUCUUCAUGCUUUCCUCCUGGCUACCCCACCCCGGCCAACAGCUCCGCACCCCACGCAGCUACUUGCCCAAGCCUCCCCGCUUCUCCUUCACCGAAAUCCAGAUAACAGAUGUUCUGAAAGAGCUGCAAAACCUGGACCUGUACAAAUCAGCUGGGCUAGAAAAUCUGGACCAUCUCUUUUUAAAAUUAACCGCCGCCAUUGUUGCAACCCCUAUUACUAGUCUGUUCAACCUCCCUUUCGCAUCGUCCGAGAUUCCUAAAGAUUGGAAAGCUGCCGCGGUCAUCCCCCUCUUCAAAGGGGGUGACACUCUAGACCCAAACUGCUACAGACCUACAGUGGGGCAAAAAAGUAUUUAGUCAGCCACCAAUUGUGCAAGUUCUCCCACUUAAAAAGAUGAGAGGUCUGUAAUUUUCAUCAUAGGUACACUUCAACUAUGACAGACAAAAUUAGAAGAAAAAAAUCCAGAAAAUCACAUUGUAGGAUUUCUUAAUGAAUUUAUAUGCAAAUUAUGGUGGAAAAUAAGUAUUUGGUCACCUACAAACAAGCAAGAUUUCUGGCUCUCACAGACCUGUAACUUCUUCUUUAAGAGGCUCCUCUGUCCUCCAAUCGUUACCUGUAUUAAUAGCACCUGUUUGAACUUGUUAUCAGUAUAAAAGGCACCUGUCCACAACCUCAAACAGUCACACUCCAAACUCCACUAUGGCCAAGAACAAAGAGCUGUCAAAGGACACCAGAAACAAAAUUGUAGACCGGCACCAGGCUGGGAAGACUGAAUCUGCAAUAGGUAAGCAGCUUGGUUUGAAGAAAUCAACUGUGAUAAUCUCCCUCGAUCUGGGGCUCCACGCAAGAUCUCACCCCGUGGUGUCAAAAUGAUCACAAGAACGAUGAGCAAAAAUCCCAGAAACCACACGGGGGGACCUAGUGAAUGACCUGCAGAGAGCUGGGACCAAAGUAACAAAGCCUACCAUCAGUAACACACUACCUGCCAGGGACUCAAAUCCUGCAGUGCCAGACGUGUCCCCCUGCUUAAGCCAGUACAUGUCCAGGUCCGUCUGAAGUUUGCUAGAGAGCAUUUGGAUGAUCCAGAAGAAGAUUGGGAGAAUGUCAGAUGAAACCAAAAUAUAACUUUUUGGUAAAAACUCAACUCGUCGUGUUUGGAGGACAAAGAAUGCUGAGUUGCAUCUAAAGAACACCAUACCUACUGUGAAGCAUGGGGGUGGGAACAUCAUGCUUUGGGGCUGUUUUUCUGCAAAGGGACCAGGAC